CGCCUCCAAGCGGCUCGUAGCAGCAUGGUCCUGCUGGCAGAGCCCACCAGCCGAAGUGGCUGCAGUCUUCAGCACCCAGGCUCCCGGAAGUACUGCCUCGCGCUCCGGAAGGGAUUCCUCGGCCGCGAGUGUCUCCUCCCCGCUUUCCGUGUGAGACGUAGAGCUGAGCGACCGAGGCCGCGAGCGAGAUGCCGGUGGCCGUGGGUCCCUACGGACAAUCUCAGCCAAGCUGCUUCGACCGCGUGAAGAUGGGCUUUGUGAUGGGUUGCGCCGUAGGCAUGGCGGCCGGGGCGCUCUUCGGCACCUUUUCCUGUCUCAGGAUCGGAAUGCGGGGUCGGGAGCUGAUGGGCGGCAUUGGGAAAACCAUGAUGCAGAGUGGCGGAACAUUUGGCACAUUCAUGGCCAUCGGGAUGGGCAUCCGGUGCUAACCAUGGCAGUGGUUGCCCACUACGUCUACACCUUCCCAUCAAUCCCAGCCCAUAUACUGUAAUAAAACAAAGUCUUUCAGUA